UUGCUUCCACGUUGUUAGUACAGUCCAUCAAUGUUUCAUGAUGGUAAACACAGAGGUGCUCGAUUAUGUCUUGUCCUCUGAGCUUUACAGUGUGUCAGGACCACAUACUUAUCAUGUCAAAAUAAAUCCCAAACCACCUCCAGGGGUUUGGGCGGAGCGAAGGAGUCAAGAAGUCUAUACCUGAAGAUUCCUGAGGCUUAUUUUCACUCUUUCAGAUCCCCCACUUGCUGACGCUUCUGAGUUGUGCAGAUGCUGUGGUGACAUCGUUGGAAGCGACAUUCGUCUGAGUCACAAGAACGAAAAUGGCUUUCUCUCAGAUCCGCCUCAAAAUCCUCCCCAGUGUUCGUUGCCUAUUUGACAAAGUGGUCCAAGUGAAAGUGGAGGGUCUUGCUCCCCACAAAGCAGUACAGUUAAGGUCCAGGCUGGUUGAUGACAAAGGGGUGGUUUUCAAAGCCUCUGCCCUAUACAAAGCCGAUGAAAGUGGCUUGGUAGACGUGAGUAGCGACCCCUCUCUAGGUGGGAGCUACACUGGAGUGGAGCCCAUGGGUUUACUGUGGGCCAUGGCACCAGAAACUCCACACAAAAAAGUUGUGAAGAAGAACGUGCUGAGCCCGACCCUAAUUGAGAUAGCGGCGCACAACGGCGACACUGGAGAACUCUUAGCUUGUGAAACCAACGAGCGAGGAUACAUGGCGGAGGGCAUGAAGAGAAUCCCUGUGCAAGAGGGAAGAGUGCGAGGAGUUCUGUUUAUCCCUCCAGGAAAGGGUCCGUUUCCUGCGAUUGUGGAUUUAUAUACUUUCGGCGGAGGCCUCAGUGAGCAGAGAGCCAGCCUGUUGGCGAACAAAGGUUUUGUUGUGCUGGCACUGGCCUAUUAUGGCUACCAAGAUUUACCAAAAAAACCCAAACGCUUAGAUUUGGAAUAUUUUGAAGAGGCGGCAAACUACCUACAGAAUCAUCCAGAGGUUUUCCCCGGCAUAGGUGUCAUAUCAAUGUCUCACAGCGGUGCUCUAGGUUUGUCGAUGGCAUCUUUUCUCCCAGGCAUCACAGCGACUGUCUGCAUUAACGGCUGCCUUGCAAACACUGUGAUUCCAUUACAUUACAAAGACAUUGUCAUACCGCCACUCCAACCCAACCUACAGAAUAUUCGGAUGGUAGAAUCUGGAAUCAUUGACAUACGCAACGUCAUUCCGGACCCAACCCUGGAAAAAAACAUAGCGUCUUUAAUUCCAAUUGAACGUGCAAGCUGCCAUUUCCUGUUUGCUGUUUCGGAAGACGACCACAAUUGGACCAGCGCUGUUUUCGCCAAGCGGGCCGCUGAGCUUUUGGGAAAUCACGGCAAGGAAUCGUUCGAAGUAGUGUCUUAUCCAAAUGCUGGUCACCUUUUGGAGGUUCCACACAUGCCGUGUUGCUCAUCUGGCUUCCAUGCAGCAUUGGGAUGUGCUGUGGUGUUUGGUGGUGAGCCAAAAGCCCACUCAGAGGCUCAGCUGGACCUGUGGGAGCGAGUCCAAGAGUUCUUUAAGAAACACUUGAAAAGCACCAGUGCUAAUUAAAAAGCAUGUCACGUAUCCCAGACUGAUAGCCUGUACCCAACCGAAAGGUGCUCGUGCACUGAACAUUUUGAGAAGCGUUUGAAAUUCUCCUAACUGGCAGACAUGAAAGUUCCUGAAAAAAAUCGAACUAAAACACACCAUUAGUGGCUUAACAAAACUUUUUUUUUUUUAAAUGUCAAUUUUUCGCAAUUACUAAUUAUAUGGAUAAAAAACGCUCGUCCAUCUGAAGGAUUUGUCUGGCAUUCAAGGCCUGUAACUCAGGGAUUGGUAUCGAAUCUGUUACUUUUUUUGGCAUUGACCAAAUCCCGCUGGUCCAACCGGGCACAGAUUCACGUAAAAUCCAACGCCUCAGUUGGCUCUUUCAACUUCGGCACUUGGCAAUCACUCCAGCAGCACCGAGAGCGGACUCAGCCCAACUACCUGUAGGUAAUUUUGCAAUUUCCAAUGCCAGCAAAGAAAGUGACUCAUAAAAAUGCUCCAACGUAAGUUAAGUAAGGCUCCACAUUUCCAAAAAGCUCGCUUGAUGUUAAUAUACUUUUGACUUUGCGAUUGGCAUGCUACUGAUUAGCAUUAGCGAUUUUACAUGGCAAUUUUAACACCUCCAAAUUUGUUAAUGAAAACUACUACUAAGACGCACGCUACAAUCAAACAGCUGGUGCAUAUUAAGUACAAUAUUUACAGUAUUAACACUUUUUAGGGCGCAACACACAGCAACGACUGAACUGACCAACACACUAUAAACUAUACACUAAUGCCAUCUAAUGUCUUGGACUUGCAACUGAAAUAAACAAAAAUAUUUCAUAAUAUAUAUCAUAAGCUCAUAUUUAAAUUUUGUAAUAA